AUGGACGGAAGAGAACAGGAGAACAUGGAGGAAGACAAGGAGUCCGGGUCAGAGAAGUCCGGGUCUGGAGAGUCGAGUUGGGAGGACGAGGUUGAAGACGAGGAGGCGCUGUGGGAGGCUGCACGGGAAGGAGACACUGACAGAGUGAAGCAGCUGUUAGCGGAGGGAGUCAACCCUGAUGCUACUGGCCCUUGGGAAGACACACCCCUCCAUGACGCAACUAGAUCGGGCCGCCCCAAGUGUGCGGAAAUACUGCUGCAGCACGGGGCUGAUGCCGGUCUCAGGAACGAGUAUGGUCAAACGGCGGAGGAUAUCGCUGCAGAUGAGGACAUCAGUAACGCUGAUCCGUACAACAAAGAUGAUGAAGAACGAAUCACUCGUGGUAGAAAGGAAAUACUGAAGCUUCUCCGACAACAGAAUAAUGUGAGUCGCUUCAAAACUUACAUGAUGCAAAAAUCAUGA